AUGGUGGUGGAGGAGAGAAGCCGCGUGGAGGCGAUGGAGGGGAACCAGCAGAGGGUGGAGGUGAACAUCCUGCUGCUGGGAGCACACAACGUCGGCAAGACCGCUCUCGCCGUCAGAUUUCUGACCAGGAGAUUCAUCGGCGAGUACGGAGACAUUGAGUCGAUCUACAGUCGAGUCGACAAAGUCAAUGGUCAGGAGAUCUGCAUCAACAUCUGGGACUCUCAGGCUGGAGAGAAAAGCAGCUCCAUCAGCGACAAACGGCUGCAGUGGGCUGACGGGAUCAUCCUGGUCUACAACAUCUGCGACCGCGGCAGCUUCUCCGCGGUUCUUCAGCAGCUGCAGAUGAUUCGCCGCAGCAGAAAGCCGUCGUCCGUCCCCGUCGUCAUCGUGGGGAACAAACGGGACCUGAAGGACCACCGCAGGGUCUCUGGCGAGGAGGGCCGGCUGCUCGCUCUGACCGAGCGCUGCGGCUUCUUCGAGGUGUCGGCGGCUGAGACGUACCACGGCGUCCUGCUGGUGUUUCACCAGCUGGUCGACCUCGUCAGGGAGACCCGGGCUCUGAGGAAGAGUGUGGCCGGGGUCCGAGGGAUCGUCAGGACUGUGUCGGCGGUGUUUGGGAGGAAACGAGCCGAAUAG